AUCUUCCCUUGCGCACAAGUGASUCUAUCUUUACGUUUCGUUUCAGAAACAAACGAUGUCAAACCUMACGAAGACUUCAAAGUGCUUUCUCCCCGACUACUCGGUCCAGAGCCAAACGAAAUACCUUCUCACAUCGUUUCUGAUACUUGGUCCAUUGCAUACAAUCUUCGUUAUCGUUUCGUUUAUUCUCAACACACUCAUAAUCCUYGCUGUGUAYAAGAAGCGGCGUUUACGUAGGAGCUCUACGUUUCUACUCUGCAGUAUCAACGUUAAAGACAUCAUCUUGAUAUCAGUWCUUCAACCAAUGGCUGUCUAUCGCUCAUUCUUAUUCAACAUYGAAGGGAACGUCUGYGCAAAAACGCCCGUCGACACAACWCGUGCGUUUCUCAUCUUCUUAUACCGUAGCGUUACGUUAACGACGAUGGUUCUCAUUUCCGCAGAUCGUUGGAUUGCWAUCUGGAAGCCCAGUGCGUACCGCGGCGUGUUUACGUCAAAAAGAAUCGCUGUAGCGGUUGCGUUUGUAUGGUUAGUCAGUAUCGCGAUCAGCUUCGUUGCUACGUACGUUAUYGAGCCCAAACAUCGGUACCAAUUGGYUUUUGUGCAGUUUGGAAUCACCGCUUUACUUGUUAGUGUCAUACAGAUUGGAGUUUACGUUGGGAUAAAGAGACAUGGUCAAAAGAUCACUGAUAUGUCUUCGUCGCAAAAACGACAGAUAACGAUCGAGCGUUCCAUUGCGUGUAUUGUACUCUACGUAAUAAUAGCCCUCGCGAUCUGCUACAUCCCUUUGCUCGUCGUCUCCGCAAUACGAUUCCUCAACAACAAAAACUACUUUCCUCUGACUAGUCCAUGGAUGGAGCUGAUUCUUUACGUAAACGCAAUCGCUAACCCUUUGAUCUGGAUGAAGACAAAUCCAUCCGUGAAGAAAGCAGUUGCGGAUGUGAUCCUGUCGUGUUUUAAUUCUUCUAGCAGCAGUAGCGAGUCCAUGGAUAUGACGGGUAGUCAAAGUCGAGGUCCUGCGUCUGCUAUUACAAACGAUACGGUACCUUCUAACGCAAAUUAGCGACGUAAAAUUAUACGACGUACGUGUACGCCUUCAAUCUCGUAAGAUAUACAAAAGUGCUGUAAUAUAUGAACGUUACAUUAUGAAAAAACGUAAGAUACCCCAUACAUAACGUAAAAUUGUAACGUAAAAUUAUACGAACUCAURUCCAGUCGUACAAGUGUUAAAAAGUUAUUGUAAUAUGAACAAAUUAUUCAAAAACGUAUUUAAUCACGCAAUCGAACUAUAUAUAACCUACAAUUGUAACGUAAAUACGUAACUUGGUGAAAAAACGCAAAAAUGUAAAAAUAUGAGAAACGCAAAUCAAAGCCAUAGAUCAUACUCGAAAAAAGGGAAAUUUACGCGAGGAAAUACGCAAAAGAUUUAUCGCCACACGCAAUGAGUAAACAUCAUAUUGUUUAGUCAUCUAUUGUUUACUACGUUCACGACUGCAAAAAUGUCUGUAAAUAUUACAUAGAUAAACAAUGAUAACAUAAGUAAAUAUACUUUAAUGAAUAAAUUAAUUAACUGGAUUAAUAAUUGUCAUUAAUCCACGGUUUGUUUAUCCUUA